CUGGCCAAAGUCAGGUCACACUGUCCUGGUGUUAUGCAAAAAACGUCAUUUUUUUGACAUUUCGACAGAUUUUUUCCCUUUAUUCGAGCGAGGAGUCACCAUGGCGACGGCCGUGCCGCAUUGUCCCCCGAAACAGGACCUUCCACCGCCGGGCGGCUACAAGAAGAUCCCCUUUGCCCGCGUGCCACCAAAGAGCUACUUCACAGGCUUCACCACCAUCGGCACCUACGUGGUUGUGACGGCCGUUGGCCUGGGAGUCUACUACUUGACCGCCAAGAAGGUGAAGCGCGACGAGAUUGAGAUGCGAUCCGCCCAGAAUGUCAUCUUUCCUAUUUUGGUGGCCGAACGGGAUCGUGAAUUCCUGCGCCAGUUGCGACGCAAUCGGGACGAGGAGGCCGAGCUGAUGAAGAACGUUCCCGGCUGGGAGGUAGGCACCUGGUAUGGUGAGCCCGUCUUCAAGACCCUGCCCGAGGAUACUCUGGUCACGCCCAUUUUCAAGGAGUUCUACGCCCACUCCGACUGGAAGUCAUACGCCAAGCGUGCCCACUUGAAGCUCUGGUCCUAAAUCGGCCUAGUUAAUGGAUUAGUUAAUGCCUAAGCCCGCUCCUUUUUGUUUGUAGAUCCGCCUAAGCGUCAAAAAAGAAAGUAUCGACCAAUUAUAAUGUCAGAUCAGAUUGGCUGAAA